GCCAUUGUCUUUGGAAGUGUCUUUGAAAGCAAUAUUUUGAAGAAUUUAUGUGUAUUUAUAUUACUUGACUCCUAAUGUGUUGGAAAAUAGGAAACAUUAUUUUCAAAAAUAUUAUGUUCCUCCCUUUUGUAUUCAUCUUACUUUUAUAGAAAGUUUUCAGCAAAUGCAACAAAAUCGGUUUAAUUGGUUUCCAUGCGAACAGACACGGGACACUGAGUUCUAAAAAAGGUUUGCAUUGCAUAUUGCAUCAUAUGCGGCAAGUGUUGAGAAUUGUUGCGGUUCUCAAGGGAAUUCCCUCCCCUGUUACGUGUGUGACGUGACUGAGCACCAGGUGCUGCUUAAAACGUAAUCAGACCACAUGUAAUGACGCCCUGAUAAAAACAGCUGGGUCACGGCCGGAUCUCUCGUCACCCAGGAAGAAUAAUCAACACCAGAGCCAUGAAGGCACGCAGACCAUGAUGGACUGCUGAAAGCCCAUGCAGUGACCAAAGUGCAUGGGUCCUCUGGGGGCUUUUUCAUGUUUGUUUCUGGAUUACGGGUGUUCAUCUUUUAUAAUCAUCCUGUGGAAAAUGACAUCACAAUAGAGAAUGAGUUCAGAGGGCAGCUGCUGAGCCAGAGGUGGACACGAGGGGACAGAGUCAGCAGCUGUGAGAACAAGAGGAGUAGGAGACUAAAAAUGAGCCAAGACGCAGAUGAGAAGCGGACAAGGACACGCUCAAAAGGAAUCAGAGUUCCUCUUGAGCUUGUUGGACAAGAGUACAGCUGCCCUACACCAGGAUGUGACGGCUUAGGCCAUGUCAGUGGAAAGUAUGCACGACACAGAAGUGCAUUGGGCUGCCCAUUGGCUAAGAAAAGAAAACUCCAGGAGGCCGAGGAGAAUCAGCCAGCCCCAAAAAAGAAGCCCAACCCCCUAAAGCUGGCCAUGGAUGAUGGGUUCAACGCAGACAGUGACACAAACAGUGAAACAGAAACAAAAGAUGAGGGAGUAGAGUCUGAAGAGGACACUGCUGAUAAAGAGAUUGAAGCGAAAGAAAAAACACCUACAUCAGAAGCAAUGACAGAGGAAAUUUCACAAGUGGAUUCAGAAGAGAAAAAGACACCUGUCAGAGAAACAUCAACACCAGUGCCAGAGAGCGAAAUUGAGAAGGAAGAAGCUAAUAUCGAGGCUACAUCCAUCCAACAAAUCACCAUGGAUGCUGAGGCAGAGGAGGGGCUACAGGUCGCCGAAGAGAUUCAGGCUCGAGAGGAAGAGGUAGAGGAAGAAGCAGAAGAGAUUACAGAGGAAGAGCGAGUGACCCAGCAGCUGAAAGAGGCCGACGAGCCUGUGAUAACAGUUGAGGAAGAAGAGGAGGAGGAUGAGGAAGAGGAAGAGGGGGAAGAGGAGACACAAUGUUUGAGCCAGAAGAACAACUCGGACCACCAAUACUUCAGUGGAGACUUUGGCAAAAUCCAGACCAAAGAGACUGGGGAGAUAGAGAAGGACAGUGAAGAUGAUGAUGAUGAGGAAGAAGAUGAGGAGGAGAUCCAAUCCCAGGUAGAGCCUUCCUCUCUAAAUUCCCCUGUCCACGCUGCUUCAGCUCAGGAAUUAGACGUGAUGACGCACAGCAACAUCGAUCUAAACCACCCUCUUGGUGAAGAUGAGGAGGAGGAGGAUGAAGAAGAAAGAGAUGAUGCUUCGGAUAAAGACUCGCCCACUGUAGUCAUCGAGCUGGGUUCAGAGGGAGAGGAAGAGGAAGAAGAGGAAGAGGAAGAUGAUGGAGAAGAAGAGGAGGCAGAUGAAGCGGACGAUGACGAGUUGGACAGCAUGUCACAGAGGUCAGAGGUCACAGAUGACUCAGAGACGUACGACAUGACACGGGGGAACCUGGGACUUCUGGAACAGGCCAUUGCACUGAAAGCCAAACAAACCAGCCGCAGUUCUGAAGAGAGCUGCUCUCCUGAGCAGCAGUGCUACCACAGCUCAGAGGAGAGGAUGAGUAAGACCAUGGACAUCACAGCUUGUAGAGCAUACUAUGGCAAAGAAGGUUCUAGAUCAGAGAAGAAGGAAGUAAAGUGCCCUACUCCAGGAUGUGAUGGGACAGGUCAUGUGACUGGAUUAUACCCACACCACCGCAGCCUUUCUGGGUGCCCACACAAGGACAGAAUCCCUCCAGAGAUCUUGGCAAUGCACGAGAACGUACUAAAGUGUCCAACACCUGGAUGCACUGGACAGGGACAUGUGAACAGCAACCGCAACACACAUCGCAGUCUUUCUGGCUGCCCUAUUGCUGCUGCAGGGAAACACAAAAGCCAUGAAAAGCAGUCACAGCCGCAGACCUCUGUCAGUGAUCCUGUCAGUGGAGGCUCAAACUCUGACAGAGUUCUCAGGCCGAUGUGUUUUGUGAAACAGCUGGACAUCCCUCAGUACGGUAGCUACAGGCCCAAUGCCAUGCCAGCCACUCCUCGCGCCAACCUGGCUAAGGAGCUGGAGAAGUAUUCUAAGGUGUCCUUUGACUAUGCAAGCUUCGAUGUACAGGUGUUCGGCAAGCGCAUGCUUGCACCCAAGAUGCCCACCAGCGAAACCUCACCUAAAGCCUUCAAAUCCUCGUCCCCCAGCCACAGCCUGUCAGGAGGCUACACCAAAAGCAGCUCCUCUUCCACCUCAAGUGGGUACGAUUAUACCCAUGAUGCCGAAGCCGCACACAUGGCUGCCACUGCCAUUCUCAACCUGUCCACCCGCUGCUGGGAGAGGCCUGAAAACCUCAGCACCAGACAGCCAGAUCAGGCCAGCAAAGACAUGGACAUUGAGGUGGAUGAGAAUGGCACGCUGGACCUCAGCAUGAAGAAACCCAAGAGCGAAGGAGUCAGGUCACCAGACCCAUCUUCAUCCUCGUCAUCAUCUUCUCAACACCAUGGCGUCACCUCACCCCACUCCAGCCACACCUACAAACAAGAGGAGUGGGAGGGGCCUCUGGACUACACCAAGUCAAACCGACAGAAAGAGGACGAGCCAGAGGAGGUUGAAUACACCACACACUCAUACGCCUCCUCUGAUGGAGAGGAUGAUGAUGCCACUCAGGAGAGCAUGGAGGACAGGAAGUACCCUGGUGAGGUCACAACCUCCAGCUUCAAAGUCAAAUUCCAGCCCAAGGACAGCAAGAAAGAGAUCUUGCUAUGUCCCACCCCAGGUUGUGAUGGUAGUGGACAUAUAACUGGGAACUAUGCAUCACACCGCAGUCUCUCUGGUUGUCCCCUUGCUGAUAAAAGUCUUCGGACCCUCAUGGCUGCCCACACUGCUGAACUCAAAUGCCCUACCCCAGGUUGUGAUGGAUCAGGACACAUCACUGGAAACUAUGCUUCCCAUAGAAGUCUGUCUGGAUGUCCACGUGCCAAGAAGGGAGGAAUCAAAACCACCCCAACCAAGGAUGACAAGGAAGAUUCUGAGCUUCUAAAGUGCCCGGUGCCAGGUUGUGACAGUCUGGGGCAUAUCAGUGGGAAAUAUGCCACCCACCGCAGUGCCUAUGGGUGCCCGCUGGCAGCACGCCGGCAGAAGGAGGGCAUGUUAAAUGGCACACCAUUCUCCUGGAAGGCCUUCAAGUCUGAGGGCCCGACCUGCCCUACGCCAGGAUGUGAUGGAUCAGGACAUGCCAACGGCAGCUUCCUCACUCAUCGCAGUCUAUCAGGUUGCCCUAGAGCUUCAGCUAACAAGAAGAGAGCCAGGUUCCCAGGAGAUGAUUACAUCAGCAAGAAAUUCAGGGCAAGUGAUGUUCUUGACAAUGAUGAAGACAUAAAACAGCUGAACAAAGAGAUCAAUGAGCUGAAUGAGUCGAACUCUGAAAUGGAAGCAGACAUGGCCAACCUCCAUACACAGAUCUCAUCCAUGGAGAAUAACCUCAAGAGCAUGGAGGAAGAGAAUAAACUCAUAGAGGAGAAGAAUGAGGCUCUGUUCAUGGAACUGUCAGGCCUGAGCCAGGCUCUUAUCCGCAGCCUUGCCAACAUCCGUCUACCACAGAUGCAAGAGCCCAUCACUGAGCAGAAUUUUGACACCUACGUGGACACCCUGACCCACAUGUUCACCGAUAAGGAGUGCUAUCAGAACCCAGAGAACCGAGCCCUGCUCGAGUCGAUCAAUCAGGCUGUCAAAGGCAUUGAGGUGUGAGCAGAGGAGCGGCAGCUGCAAGACACUGUGGGUUAAAUAACCAGACUGACAACAUAAAAAUACUGUUUAAGGACAUUCAGGUUUUGUAUGUGGCACCCUCCGUAAACGCGGAACGUUGCGAGACCCGUGGAAGUCAGAGAAAAGGACCAAAUUCCAAUUCCAAAUUAUGCUGCUUAGCAAUUUUGAUGAGAUCCAAGAUCCUUUGCCUCUUAAACCAAGCUGGCUCUUCUUGUUUUGAGGUAUCUUUUGGAGCAAACCAUUUGUUACUGUUUUCUAGAGCAACUUUCACCGACACUGAUCUGCCUUUUUACUUCCCUCAGUGCAUGGAGGUUGCCGUGAACAAUAAGUUGUGAGAUUGUCGUGUGUCUGUGAAGGAGAGUCUAUGUGUGUAUGCGUAACAGAGUGUUUUAUGUGUAAUGUCCGAAGGUGAAUUCACAAUUAAUGACCUCCCUUGACAAAAUAUGAUUAGUAUGCAGCACUGCUACAUUUGAUCCCUGUAUGAUAAUGUUGUCUCAUAUUUGGUGUAAAUGCUCUCCGGUUCCAUUCAGUAAUAUUUAUCGUAUUUGAGAACAUAGAUAUUGCACUUCCAUGAAUAGUUUGUAGUUCCAUCGUCAUGUUAUUAUUGUAAUUAUUAUUAUUAUUAUUAUGGCUAUUUAAAUUGGGUCCUUGAAAUGUAAGUUUAAUUUAUUAUUUAUUCAUGUUAAGGGUUAUUUUGUUUAUUUAUUAAUCAGUGUCUAUUUAUGGACUUAAUUUAUUUCACAAAGCAAAAUUCUAUACACAGCUUUUAAACAGUUAUUAAGAGGAGAGACAUUGCCCUCUGCAUUGUGAAAGAGGCAAUAUUUUAAGAAUAUCGACAGCAAAUUGUUUUAUAAACCUUCCUAUUUAUUUUAAAGACAGAGAUUUAUAAUCUCUUUUUUUAAGUGCAAAUAUUUUCUACCUAACAAUUUUUAUAUUGUUUUUUUUAAUAUUCUUCUUUAUUUAAUGAGUUCUGUUUUCCAUAAAAGUAUUUUGGCACCCUCCAGAGUGAAGUGGGUUGAACAGAUAUGAUGUAUUUAUUGUUAUUUAUUUAGUAUUUAAGAACAAAUUGAAUGGAGAUCUUGUUGCAUAUUUAUUUUGUAAAUGUCUCUGUGUUAGUGGUUGCUGCAUAUGGAUAGUCUUUGCCCAUGUUGUUGAUAAAAUAAAUGGGAAUUCUAUCACCUACAACAGAGAGUAUGUCAUAUUUAAUGCUGAUAGUUUUUAUUGAGUUAUUAUAAACUGCAUAUUUACAAGCUUGAAUUUGCCCUUGAUCCAACAGUGAUAUGUUGUGAAACAUUGGUCAGUCCCAAUAAUUUGGGAUUCUCUGACAUUUAUUAGAGCAAAGAUAAAAUACGAACCAAACACUCUCUCAGUAGGAUACUUGGCUGACAUCUGCUGGAUACAAAAUUAUCCAGUCACGAUUUCUGUUCAGCUGAUUAAGUCUAGUACAUAAAAACAUAAGGGAUGUAUAUUUGUAUUUUGUCAAGGUUAAUAUUAAGACCAGUAUUGUUAAAAUGACUGAUAAUAAAC